GCAUACAUUGUCCCUUCGUUCUAUCAUUUCGGACACAAACUCGCUUACACAAACACAUCGUGCUCUCCGUCCUUCGAUCUCAGAUCUCUCUCUCUCUGCAAUGGCUUCCGUUACGCAAUCCUUCAUUUCCCUCACCUCUCUUUCCAAUCAAGCUCUGGCACCUCGUACCAGGAUUUCCAGCCCAAGUUCAGUUUCCCUUUCAAUUAAGGGAAGGAAUUUCCCAUCCAUUACAUUGCAGCCCAGAGGACGUCGAUUUCAAGUCACAUGUGCGGCCAAAGCAGAGACAGUGAAGAAGGUGUGUGACAUAGUCAAGAAACAAUUGGCACUGCCAGACGAUAAACCUGUUACUGGGGAGUCUAAAUUUGCUGCACUUGGAGCUGAUUCUCUUGACACGGUUGAAAUUGUGAUGGGACUUGAGGAGGAAUUUGGAAUUAGUGUGGAAGAAGAAAGUGCCCAGAGCAUCACCACCGUUCAAGAAGCUGCUGAUAUGAUUGAUAAGCUUCUUGAAAACAAGGCGGCUUAAACAAGCCAAGAGGACAUGUUGAUUUUUGGAGUUUUUUUUUGCUAUUUUGAUGGAAGGAAGGUUUUAUGUUCUCAAUUUUAUGUUUGCUAUUUCAGUUUGAUUGUUCUUCAAGUAACUGCUAGUUCUUUUCUGGAUUGUACUAGGAUUACUGUAAUACUAGUUUUAACGUUAUAUAAUUGGUGUUUUUCUGUUCGCGUUCAGUGACAAAU